AUGGGUCGCGGGGUGUCCGUGGGGCACGGGGUGUCCAGCAGAGAGCCCGGAGCCCCGCGCCGGGGCGGGGUGUUGCGGGUAUUUGCGGUGUUGCGGGUAUUUGGGGUGUUGCGGGGGGGGGCGGGGGGCGUGUGUGUCACCCCCGGGGGACCCCCCCCUCCCCAACCCCCCCCCCGUUUGUGCCCCACAGACGCGGACGAGCGCUCCAACGGGACGCUGUGCGGGGCUCACGCCGCCUGCCGCAACCUGCCGGGCUCCUUCCAGUGCGUCUGCGACCCCGGCUACGAGAGCGCCCGCCACGGCCACGGCUGCGUGGAUGUGGACGAGUGCGAGACGCUGCGGGGCGUCUGCGGGGCCGAACGGUGCGAGAACGUGGAAGGCUCCUUCCUCUGCCUCUGCCCCGACACCCGCGACGAGUUCGACCCCGUGCCGGGGCGAUGCGUGACCCCCCCGGCCCCCCAAAACCCGCCGCGGGCCCCCCCCGAAGGCGCCGCCUGCUUCAGCAGGGCUUGCGGGGUGCUGGCACCCAACGUCAGCCGGGAGCGCUGCUGCUGCAGCCUGGGCUGGGCGUGGGGCACCCACUGCCCCGCGCGGCCCUGCCCGACCCCCGGCACCGAGGCCCACCUCGCCAUCUGCCCGCACGGGCAGGGCCGCACCGCCGAGGGUCCCCAGGGCUCGCCGGCAGACGUGGACGAGUGCCAGCUCUUCGGGCCCCAGCUCUGCCGGGGGGGGGUUUGCCUCAACGCCGCCCCCGGCUUCAGCUGCUACUGCCCCAGCGGCUACUACUACGAGCAGGAGCACCUGCAGUGCGUGGAUAACGACGAGUGUGGGGCGGAGGAUGCCGAGCCCUGCGUGGGGGGUCGCUGCGUCAACACGGUGGGCUCCUACUACUGCUCGUGCCCCCCGCCCCUGGUCCUGGACGGCUCCCAGCGCCGCUGCGUCGCCAACGACACCCACCGGGAUGCUGCGCAGGCGGUGUGUUGGCAGGAGGUGGGGGUCGACCUGGUGUGCGGCAGACCCCGGCUGGACAGGCAGGUCACCUACACCGAGUGCUGCUGCCUGUACGGGCAGGCCUGGGGCAUGGACUGCGCCCUCUGCCCCGCCCGCCACUCAGAUGACUUCGAGUUCCUCUGCAACGUGCUGCGCCCCCCCAGCUACGGCCCCCCCCGCGCCCCCCCUUCCUACGAAUACGCCCCCGACUUCGCCCCCCCUUACGGCCUCCCUUACGGCCCUGACGUUUUCGGGGGGCCCCGCGUGCCCCCCCCGGCUCUCCGUUCCGACUACGACCCUUACGGUUUCGGGGGGCUGGCGGGGGGUUACGACCCCCGGGGGGACGCUCUCUACGCCCCCCCCCGCUAUGAAGGCGAGGAUUUUGAGGACCCCCGGCGCCCCCUCGCCCACCGACCCCGGGGACCCCGCUACGAGCCCCCCGACCCCCCCCCCCGGCUCCCCCUGGUCCUACCAACCCCACGGGACGGGGGGGUUCAGCGAGGAGGAGGAGGAGGAGGAGGAGGAGGAGGAGGAGGAGGAGGAGGAUGCUGGUGA